AUGAGCAUCCGCACGCCACCCACACUCCUGAAGCUGGCAGCAAAGCGCCUGCUGAGUGGCCAGGCCUCGGCCAUUGCAGCUCUGGAGUACCUGCCCGCUGAGCUCUUCCCAUACCUGUUCGUAAUGGCCUACCGUGGUGGACGCCGCCCCCAGCUACUGAAGGCGUUGGCUCAAGCCUGGCCCUUCACUGUCCUCCCUCUAGGGGUCCUGAUGCAGCGUCCCCCUGAUCAUGCCCCAACCAGGGCUGCCGGCUUAAAAGCCGUGUUUGAUGCGCUUGACGUUCUGCUUGCCCAGGAGAGGGUCAGGAGGGUCCUGGAUAGGGUGAGGCUGGACUGCAUCCAGAAGGUGUAUGUGAACUGCACCUGGGACCUGCCCACCCUGGGGACACUUGCUCUCUACCUGGGUCAGAUGAGUAACCUGCAGACACUCUUUCUCCUGGAAGAGAGGAAGGACUGCAUCCAGAAGGUGUAUGUGAACUGCACCUGGGACCUGCCCACCCUGGGGACGUUUGCUCUCUACCUGGGUCAGAUGAGUAACCUGCAGAGACUCUAUCUCCCCCACAUCAAUAUGCUCAGGCUACGGCACCUCUGGGCGCUCUACAUGCGUUCUCCCUCCUUCCUCCCAGGCCGUCUGGACCAGAUGCUCAGGUGCCUGCAGACUCCCUUGGACAAACUCUGCCUAACACAUUGCCAGCAGCUGACGCAAUCAGACCUGACACACCUGUUCCAGUGCCCGAACCUCAGGCAGCUGAAGAUCCUGCAUCUAUUUGGCCUCGGCCUUGAGGAUUUCAGUGAGCCCCUCCGAGCUCUGCUGGAGGCAGUGGCAUCCACACUCCAGGACCUGGGUCUGGAUAAAUGUGGGAUGGCGGACUCCCAAGUCGAGGCCAUCCUGCCUGCCCUGAGCCGCUGCCACCAGCUCAGAUUCUUCAGCAUCUCUAUGAACAACUUCCCCGUGGCCACCAUGAAGAAGCUGCUGCGCCACACAACCGGGCUGCGCAGUUUAGAGUUCGAGAUGUACCCCAUCCCCCUGGAGUGUUACAGGACCCAAGGGACUGUCAACCAGGAGAGACUUGUCCUGAUCCAGGCUGAGCUCACGGGGAUACUGAGGGAGUUAGGACAGCCCAGGACCAUCCAGCUUGCUACCAGGCAUCUUAGACAUAGGAAGUUUUAUGAGUUGGCGUUUUCAUGA